CUUUUGUUCAAUUGGAAUUGUUUGAUCUUUAGGCUAAGAGAUGGGGAAACUGGGGAAGAAGGCGAGGAAGUUUGCGAAGAAGAAUCUUCAAUCUGUGCUUCGAGCAAGGCGAAAAACGAAGGGUUUCUUGAGGAAGAAAGCUUCAUCAAAACGUAAGAAUGAUAGUGCUGAAGAGCAAGUAAAUAAUACAACAGUGCUUUCUAAUGGAAGAAACACUGAUGGUGAAGUUAUCGAAGAUGCUUCUCUUGAUGCACUAUUCAUUGACGAUGAUAGCAAUGUGGUCGCAGAUGCUUCAGACAGUGAUGGAUUUUUAUCGGAGGACUCGAGCUGUGCAAAUAUCGUAGAAGUUGAGAGUGAGAUUAAUUUAGAAGACAACAAUAUUAGUACAUUAUCGAUGCACAACAGGAAAAUCAGUGAGGAACUUACCGUGCAAAAGAACAAAUUGGACAGAUUCAAGAAGAAGGAUCUUGAGUUUUCUAAGUUCUUAGAAAGCUACGAUAAGGGUGUGGAAACCUUUCGUAAUGACGAGACGUCCUCUGAUGAAGAUGAGAUUAGCCAUCAUGGGAUGCAGUUUAUGGAUGAAGAUGAAUCCGCUAUGAACAAAGGCAUAGUUUUGUCAAGUUCGGUCAUCAACUCUUGGUGUCAACUGGUUAGAGUGGAGCAUAGUGAGUCUGCCCUUACUAGUAUAUUAAAUGCGUAUCGGGCAGCAUGCCACUAUGGCACAAAACUGAUUGGCCGUAGAAUUCAGAAUAGUGAGACCUUCUGCAACGUAUUAAUGUUCGUGCUUCAUGAUGCUGACAGUAUAUUUCGGGGGCUGUUGAAAAUACCAUCCUCCAAUUGCAAGAAACAGAUGAUACUAGAAUUGAAAAAUACGUCAAAAUGGAAAAAUCUGAAACCACUUGUCAAGUCUUAUCUGAGGAGUACAUUAUUUCUGUUGAACCAGGUCACCGACUCAGAGAUACUGUAUUUCUCUUUGACCCGACUCAGAGCUUCUCUAAUAUUCUUUGCUGCUUUUCCAUCUUUACUGCACAAACUCAUUAAGAUUGCAGUUCACUUGUGGGCAACGGGGGGAGGGACUCUAUCAUCAUCUUCCUUUGUUAUCAUACGGGAUGUGGCUGCUAUUUAUAAUUCCGAUUGCUAUGACACGUGCUUAAUAAAAACAUUCAAUGCCUACAUUGCUCAAAUCAGAGUUCCAGAAACUGUUAACCUUAAACACAUAAAGUUCUUGAGGUAUUCUUUGGUUGAGCUCUGCUCCUUAGAUGUGCAGAAAUCAAAUAACAAGGCCCUUUCUUCUAUUCAUCAACUUGGCAAAAUAUUGCAGCUGGGACUACAAACAAAGAAAAAGGAAGCCGUUAAAAAGAUAUGCAGUUGGGAGUAUUCUAACUGCAUUGAUAUCUGGGUUAUGUUCAUAUCAGCCAAUGUACGUGAUUAUGAUCUUCAAACCUUGUUUAACAUGACCAUUCAGCUUAUAAAUGGAGUAUCUCACAUGUUUCCUGGGCCAAGAUAUUUCCCUUUGAGGUUGAAGUGCAUUCACUGGCUGAAUAAUCUAUCUAGUUGUAGUGGGAUUUUUAUCCCCAUUGCUUCAUUUGUGUUGGAUAUUUUGGAAUAUAAAAUCGGCAAGGAGGGUGGAAAAACUGGAAAGACCUAUGAUUUUCUAUCAGUCCUAAAGUUGCCAAAACAAUUGUUAAAAUUGCAAACUUUCCAAGAGGAAUGUGUUGUCUCUGCCAUUGAACUGCUCUCAGCACACUUUGCUCAAUGGAGUUAUCACAUUUCUUUCCCUGAGCUGGCAGCUAUUCCUCUUAUCCAUCUAAGAAAGUUUCAUGAAACUACUUAUACUGAAAGUUGGCGACGUGUGGUGAAGCGUUUGAUUGAUCAGGUGGAGCAGAAUGUGGAGUUUGUGCAGAAGAAAAGAGACGAGGUUUCCUUCUCACCAGAAGAUCAUCAAUCCGUUGAAUCAUUUCUUCAGAUUGAAAAGCAGAGUCUCAAGGCGCCAUUUACUCAAUAUUACAGAAGUGUCAUGGAAAAGGCUGCUAUAAGGAAACUGCAAAAGAAUGACAAUAUAAGCUACCUGGAGCAGGGAAAAUUGAAGAGAAAAAGGGAACGACUUCCAAAUAAUAUGGUGGAUGCAGUUACUAAUGCAGAGAAUGGUUGUGUUAGAGUUUGAUUCUAAGGUGACAAAAAGAAGAGCUGUGAAAGUAUGAUGCUUCUAGCUUCUUUUACUUCUUCCUUUUUUUCCAAAUUUUGUUGAGUAAUGGAAUCAUGAUUUAUGUUAUUUAUCCUUUUUUUCUUAUAAAAAAAUGUUAUUUACCCUUUUUUCACAUUUGUUGAAAACUUUGUAGAUUUAACAUACAUCUUAUGUAGACUUUGUUGGUCAAAACUGAGUUGCAAAGACAGCAAAAUUACUUGCACUGGCCAUCUGGAACAAAUUUUUCCCCCUACCUAAAAGGAGUUACAUUAGCGGAUACCCAUCUUGGGUUGUAAUUUGC